CCGAUGGACCGCCAUAGUCACCGACUAAAAAAACCAGCGACCACGUAAAUCUUUGACGACGAGGAGGAGGAGGAGGAGAAGAAUAAACGGAAGAAACUAAGAGAUGAAUAGUCCACCGGAGAACGAUCUUUGUUCGAUAUGUCAUUCCCACUUCACCGCUCCUUGUCAAGCCAAUUGUUCCCAUUGGUUCUGCGGUUUACCUCUCUCUAUCUCUCUCAAUCCUUUCGAGUCUUUGAUUCGUUUCUCUUGUCUCUUCGCUAACUCUGUUCAAUGAGAUCGGAAAUUUUUUGCCUGAAUUUGUGCCCAUUUGUUUUCCUUUUUGUCAUUGACUGUUAUUGCCUACGAGCCUCCUGAAUCUUGAUCGUUAGCUUUUGGUUAAAGAUUAAAUUUUGCCUUUAGAAUCCAAUCAGCAUAAGUUUGUAAUCUCAAAGUUCCAAACUUGAACAAUUUUGUUUACCCUCUCUCUGCUUUCACUACCGAUUACAGAUUCUUGGAUUUGGUUGAGUUCGGUGAUUACUUGCUUAGAACAUAUAGAUUUCUUGGCUUACUAGUUUUUUCAAGUCCACUGGUCUAAUUACGAAGUUUGCGUGGUUUCAUUGCAACGAAAGAUUCUGCCUUUUCUGUGAUCUGUCGCUCUAACUCUUCUUUUCACUUUGCUUUUAGGGAACUGCAUUAUGCUGGUGUGGAGGCAUGGAUCUACAUUACAGCCAUGUAAAUGCCCUUUGUGUCGUCGUCAUAUUAGUUUGUUGGUUCCUUCAGAGGACACAAUCAGAGACCGUAAUGACGCUACAGUUAAGGAGGUUCUUGGUAAUCUUGAAACUUACAACCGACUCUUUGGCGGGCGUUCAAGUAGUUUAGUUCAGAGGAUGCAAGACCUGCCCUUCUUACUACGGAGGUUGUUGCGGGAAAUGAUGGAUCCACAAAGAACGCUUCCACUUGUCAUUAGGGCUCGGGUUUAUAUCGCAAUGAUUCUCAGUGCUGUUUACAUAAUCAGUCCAAUAGAUAUCAUUCCAGAAGGAGUUCUGGGGGUAGUCGGUUUGCUUGAUGAUCUACUCAUAGCACUGAUUUGUUUCCUCCAUGUUGCUGCUCUGUACCGCUCGGUUCUCUAUUUCCGUCAUGCCGGUUCGUGAAUCAAUGAGUGUCUUUGACAUUAUACGUUGCAGUUCAAGAACUAGAGAUGUGUGCUUACCUUUUCUUCUGUCUUUGAUCCUUUCCCUUUACAAAUACACAAUUGUUCUGUUUAGCUAAGGAAAACUGAAAUGUGUGAUGAUAAAGAUCACAGCACAAAAAGCUUGGAAGUACAUAUCAAUCAUCUUCCUACCACUUCCUAUACGCUAGUCUUUUUGACCCUUCCACUCAAAUUUAUCAAUUAUGGUUUCGACCGUUGACUCGAGAAACUCUGAGAUGGGUCAUGGUGAU